UGAAUAUUACAUCAUCAGAACCCCAUUUGUUUUUAUUGCAUUAACACCAGGGUGCACAGGUACAGAAAUGACAAAACAUCGGUAUCGGACGAUUGUGGUAUAUGAAUAUUGGCAUCAGCCAAGAAUUGGCGUCUUUUUAUCGGUGCAUAUCCCUACUUGUCGUUGAACAAACAUAUCCUAUAUCCUAUAAUGGGAGAAAAACUUCCCAUGACAGGGAGAUUCAUGUAGUUCUAUUUAAUCCGUCUGUCAACUUUGGAAACCAUGUGGGUCAAAAAUUAGUAUUCUGCUGUAGACUAAAUCCAUCAUUACCCUCAUCUUUUUGAGUCAUUAACACUGAUAAGAAAAAGUCCAACAGACUCUUUGGCAAGCUAAUCAUAUGAUUAUAUUAUAUUAAUCACUGGGAUGAAAUGUUUGAUGACUUAUGAAUUUGGCAGACUUGUCACUUGUAAAAUUCAGUGGAAAAAAACAACUGUAUUGGGAAAUCUUGUCCAACACUUUACAACCACAUAGCACACGUGUGCAACCAGUGUGUUUGGUGAGGGGGGGAAACAUGGGGAAAAAAGUGAUGGUUUAUUAUUUGGAUUAGGCAUUGAUGUGAGUCUCUUAGUCUAUGUAGACUGACAUGGAAGGAUGUAGAAUAACAUUGUCAAGACGUGGAUUGCAAUGUUCCAGAAUCACUGUUUUGGAACAGACUACGUUUGGGGCGGUGUUUCAUGUGGCUUAAUUUAACUCUGUUACCGAUGCCUCCUCACUGCUCCUUAUGUUCCAGAGAGCAGACCAACUUAAGCAGCUUAGCAGUGUUGGUGUUGGGUACGUGACUAUUUGUUAACUCUCAGGGUGUCUUCGGGAAGGCUCACUGAGGCUGCUGCCUUUCAGGUUGUCUUUCCAGCCUGCUUCCUCAUAACUUCAUCAUCUUUGUAAUUAGGCCUCUGCUGACAGAACCAGACCAUGUCUCAGGACAAAAGCGGUUACCCCGGGGUCAUGGGGGAGAACAACCCCCUCCACAACAAUGUCUACGGACCACCUCAGCCAGGGUUCGGGAUGCCUCCACCAAACUACACCCAGGCCCCCGUGCAAGCUCCAUACCCCGGCCAUACCCCUGUUGCCUAUGGCCAACCUGCACCAUACGCUCAGCCUGUACCCUAUGCUCAACCUGCACCGUAUGCUCAACCUGCACCAUACGCUCAGCCUGGAUAUCCCCACGGGGGCCCUGGAUUCGAACAGGGACCGUACCCUCAGAUGCCCUAUCCCCAGGGUCCAUACCCCACAGGGCCUUUCCAGCAGCCUGUCCAGCCUGGCUUCCAUGGUGACCCCAAUGCUUCCAUGGGUGACGGUUACCAUGGGGACGUUCCACCAUCUUAUUACGACAAUGAAGAUUUCACAAACUCUGGCUUUGAGGACAAGAACAUCAGACAGGCCUUUAUCAGAAAGGUGUUCCUGGUGCUGACCAUUCAACUGAUAGUCACUUUUUGCUUCGUGGCCGUCUUUACCUUUGUGGACGACGCCAAGAUGUUUGUGCGGCGUAACCCAUGGACAUACUAUGUCUCGUACGCCAUCUUCUUUGUGUCUCUGAUCGUCCUCAGCUGCUUUGCAGAGUUACGCCGCAAACACCCCUGGAACCUGGUGGCAUUGGCCAUCCUGACUCUGAGCCUGUCCUACAUGGUGGGGAUGAUUGCCAGCUUCUACGAUACUGAGACUGUCAUCAUGGCCGUGGGAAUCACCACUGUAGUCUGCUUUACUGUUGUCCUCUUCUCACUACAGAGCAAGUAUGACUUCACUUCCUGCCGAGGGGUACUCUUAGUGUGUCUGAUAGUCCUGUUGGUCUUCUCCAUCCUCUGUAUGUUUAUCCGCCACCGGAUCGUUCAUAUUGUCUAUGCUUCCCUGGGAGCCCUGAUUUUCACCUGCUUCCUGGCCGUGGACACCCAGCUCCUCCUCGGCAACAAGAAGCUGGCUCUGAGUCCAGAGGAGUACGUCUUUGCCGCUCUCAACCUUUACACCGACAUUAUCAACAUCUUCCUCUACAUCCUGGCUAUCGUGGGACGCUCCCGCGACUAAUGAACGGCACUCUCUAGGGGAGAGGGUGAGGACGGCAGCCAGAGACCUCUAGUGUGAUGGAAUAAAUUAUACUCUUUCUCCUUGCUGUUUUAUGUAUGAUUUGUCUCUGUGUUUUGAGGUUCCCACUCGUCCCCCCAAAUCAGGUAAUGAAUUAUGUGAUAGAAAUUGUUGCUGUCACCUUUAGAGCAGGUCUGUAAGAGCCCAACAAAGACGGGCUCAGUUAUUUAUUUAGAAUUAACACUGUAACAAAGUCACUUUUAUUUUAUUUUUUCACACCUGCCUGCUUUGUCCUCUUUGACAAUAUACGUAGACAAUAUACUUCUAUUUACACAGAGAUGGUAGCUAGCCUGUACAAUCCUUCUAAACCACAUUAGCUGAAAACUAGAACUGUUCAGUCCUCUGUGUUUAGCGCUCUGCCUUGCCGUGUAGUGUAAGCGCUGUAGAGACAUUAAGAGGAAACAGAGAGUUGUGGUAAACUAACGGGGAGCGCUGCACUGGAAUGCAGGCAUGUGCUUUUUUGAGAAAGAAACUGCUAGGAACUAGAAAUUUCACCUUUCUUGUUCUAAACUUUCAAUCUAGUUUUCCCUCCUCUUCCAGCCAAUGUGAAGUUUCUCUGCAUGGCACCAGAAACACAUCUGGGAUUUGCUGUAUAAAAUGAGAAAAACACUCCAAAAGCAUACCUCCUAGCCUGCUUGUUGCGUAGCUGUACAUAGAUCUGUUUGAACUCUAUAUGGCGCUUAGUUCUGUAACCUGCUAUAUAGGCAUGCCCAGGUGAGUGUACAGCUGUGAUGCUUGAAAGAAGAUAUAUGCGCACUCACUGCGUAUGAAUAAUGGUAACACUACGAAUAACAAACCAGUACAAAGACCAAAACUCCAGGAUGUGAAUGACAUUUCUGUUGUUUACAUAGAUGUUUGACUUAAUCUGUGUUUACAUAGGCACACCAAUUCUGAUCUUUUGUCCCCUAAAUAGCCUUUUGAACAACCCCAUUAGAUCUUAUCACAUUUUAUUAUUUUUUUUAAUGUGGAUUUGAAUGUGGAUAAUUAACAAAAAUACUAAUUAUUGAGAAAAUGUCAAAUUGGGGUUGCCUGUGUAAACAUCAUUUUAUUUAUUGGAGCUGUUUUUAUUCCAAAUGUAGAGAAACUUGGUGAGUGACAUGCUUUUGUAUGACUGCUAAGCUAGGUUUGGAAUUGGCUUAUUUAAUUUAUUUCUUCUAAUUCCUCAUUUGUCUGUAUAAACUUAAUGUAAGUGUUGUGUUUCUUUCUCCAUUAGAACAAAUGUGAAGUAUUGGAAUUUCUGAACAUGUUUAUACUGAGCAAUUGCAAGAAUGUCACUAGUUUCUUGUGUUUUUUGAAACUGUUGUGAAAUUGUAGAUAGAUGGGCAGAGAUUGAAGGAUCUAUAUUAUUAAAUAUGUAUUUAUUAAAGAUGCUGUAAAAGGCAAAGCUGCUUUGAGGUUUAAAGUGAAUGAGCAGGAAACUUGAAACUCAAUGUUCUGUUCUUCUGAAUGAAGUAUGGUGAAAGGGAAGAGGGAAGAUCAGUAUUUACAGUCUGUACAAUUGGCACGUGAUUUCCUAGUACUGCAGUCAAAACUAGGGCACUAAUUAUGAGCUAGGGUGCCAUUUGGGUACAAGGGGACUACAUUUGAUACUUCUUGCUCAAACAUGAAGGAUUAAUCUAAUACUUGAAGACUCUAAGGAGAUGAUGGAAGUGUAGGGACACUAAGACUAGAAAACCACUGAGAAUAAUGCUGAUGAAAUCAUUCAUGUUCUCCAUCGAAACAAGACACUACAUCCACUAAUUUGAAAACCACAUUAACGCCUUGAAUCUCUGAGAUCAGUUAUUUGGCUCCUGUUGCACGAUUCUUUCCCAUUCUUGCAUGUGCUGUGAGUGCACGACUUGUGUCUUUUAGACAUGAGAGAAUAAUGAUGAUAAGGAUGAGAGUGUUAUGUUGUUGUAGGGCUUACAAGCCCUGUUUUAACCAUUUCAACGUUUUUGUGUUCGUAUCUAACUAAAUGUGUAUGUAUAUAAUACAAAGAUGUAGUGGUUUGAUGUGUAUAAAGUCAUUUGGGGCUUUGUAGUUCUGUUUGCACUGUAAAUUGGCAUUCAAAUCGAACUGGAAUUGCAUUCCUUCAUGCUGCUGUUUGCUUUUCAUUAAAAGAGACAUAAUGGGAAAAUCGUU